CGAUUACCAUUAUAGCGGACCAGAGUAUUUUAAUGUCAUAACAAAUGGUCCAACUGCUGUACUUACUUUAAAUCAAAACUUUUCAUAUCAAUUUAUCAAUAAUUUGAUUAAUAACAACCUACACAGGUACACAAGCUAAACAGCACACACUUUCUUGUCAUGCGCCAUCGCACUUAAUAGUGAUUUUCUGAAAAUUAUCACUUCCGUUUAUUAAUAUAAUGUGCAUUGUGUAUUAAACUUUUUGUAUUCUGUGCCUUUUGUAAAAAUGUGAACCUUGGACAAUAGGUUCACUCGUAUUAUCCAAGCAACAAGUACCAAACCUCAUCACUAUGUCCAACUACCUAAGCAGUAGCUUUACUAGAAAAUCUAAUGACAAGUAUGAUGAUGAUUUGAACGAUAGAGAUGAUACUAAAAGGAAAUCAAGAAACUUAAGCGAAAAGAAACGCAGGGAUCAAUUUAAUAGUUUGAUUAAUGAAUUGAAUCUCAUGUUGUCGACAACCAAUAGAAAAAUGGAUAAGUCUACUGUCCUGAGAACAGCAAUAAAUUAUUUGAAAAAACAAAAAGAUACAGUACUUAGAUCAAGAGUACAUGAAAUAGAUAAUGAUUGGAAACCAUCAUUUCUAUUAAAUGAAGAAUUUAUCCAUAUAAUAUUAGAAGAUUUAGAUGGCUUUAUUAUAGUGUUUACAUCAUUAGGAAAGAUCCUCCAUGCUUCAGAAACUGUCACAUCUCUUCUUGGUUAUCUUCCGAAAAAUUUAACAAAUUUAUCAAUAUUUAAAUUAAUUAAUGAAGCAGAUCAUUCAGUAUUACAUGAUCAAAUUGUAAAAUCCAAGCAUACUCAAAAUUAUGAGAAUGAUCAAAUUAUAUUUUCUUGUCAUUGUAAAAGACACAAUCCAUUUAAAGAUGUAGAUGAAAUAAAUGAAAAACACCAAUUUGAAUUGGUACAGUUUUUUGGAUAUUUUCGACCCAUCAGUGAAAUAUUUCGUGGAGAUAAUAGUGGAUUGUUGUCUCCAUAUAGUAGUGAAGAUGAUGAUCAAAAUUUAGUAUUUGUUGGAAUUGGCCGAAUUAUGACUCCACAAUUAUUAAAAGAGCUUCCAGUUAUGGAGGAUGUAAAAAGUGAAUUUACCUCCAGACAUAGUUUAGAAUGGAAAUUUUUAUUUCUUGAUCAUAGAGGGCCAUCAAUAAUUGGUUAUAUGCCAUUCGAAGUUCUUGGAACAUCUGGCUUUGAAUACUAUCAUAUUGAUGAUCUAGAAGAUGUUAUUUUAUCACACGAAGCUCUUAUGCUUAAAGGAGAAGGAACAUCUUGUUAUUAUCGGUUUUUAACCAAAGGUCAACAGUGGAUAUGGUUACAAUCAAGAUAUUACAUUAGUUACCACCAAUGGAAUUCAAAACCUGAAUUUAUUGUUUGCCAUCAUCAGGUUGUCAAUUAUUUGAAUGUUAUUAAAAGAGAAGGUGAGACUGAUGAGGGAAGAAAAAAUAAGAGAUUAUGGCAUACUCCAGUGAAUGAAAGUCAACAGCGAUCAACUAAAAGUGGUUAUGAUUCAUAUCAAAAGAGGCACUAUGAACAAGAAAAUGUCAGCUCGCCAAAAAUGAAAAUUAGAUCAGUUGAAAGUAUCUCAAAUUCUAACUGUGAAAACAAGUCUUUGACAUUAGUGGACACAAAAGAAGAUAUGUCUGAAACUGUCAACAGCUAUCUACAGAAUGCACAACCUUCAAUAAAAUUACCGCCAAUCUCAGUAUCUCCAGAAAACCUUAUUCAAGGUGAAUUAGAGCGAAAACAAGAACAAUUACAGAAAACUAUAGUUAAACAACAGGAAGAACUGCGAAAAAUAUCUGAACAAUUAUUAAUGGCCCGGUGUGGAAUUUUGCCAUCAUUUAUGGAUGAUUCUCUACAAAUAUCUACUCAUACUUCCCGACAAACAACUCCUGAGACAUCUGCUAAUCAAAUAAUUUGUUCCGCCGCUAGUGGAGAAAUUUUUGAAUCAUCCCCAUUGAUUUCUUCUGAUGUCUUACUGUCACAUGAAGGAGUAAAAAAUGAACAAGAUAUGCAACAUUCCUAUUCAUCAAAUAUUAUACAGAACAUGGUUGAUGAGGGUGGAGGACAAUUGGAUUACAGCUAUAAUAAUCAGUCGAAUGACGUAUUAUUUGACCAAAGUUCUUCUUAAAAAUAACGAGUUGUAGCCUAAAUCUCAAAGGUAUUUUCAUCUUCCAUGUAUAUUCCUUUAAUGGUUGGUGUUAAACAUUCUUUCAGACGCUCAAUAACUUUUUAGUGUGAUAAAAAUGGUGAAGUAAGUGAUCAUUUUACUUCAAAACAACUGAAUAUAUAUUUUAUAUUAAAAACUUUUGAUUACAAUUAUAAAUAUAUACAGGUUCAUGUUCUGUCAAU